CAUCAUAAUAAUGGAGUUCACAUUUCCUCCCGUCACGUGUAGGUGCUGAAGCAGCUGCAGGCGGUGAAAAGCAGAAGAUCCAGCGGAGCGCAGACUAUGGUGAAGGUGGACGGGAUGUCGACCCAGCUGUUUGUUUCUUUGUGAAAGAUCUGAGGAGUUCAAGCCGAGGCUCAUAUUUACAGUAAAUGUAUCUGUUGUGACCAUGCGCUGCCUGGCUGCACGGGUGAACUACAAGACGCUCAUAGUCAUAUGCGCCCUCUUCACACUCAUAACGGUGCUGCUAUGGAACCGCUGCUCCCGUGACAUCUCCAUCCGUUUCCUGCCCCGGGCCGCCUUUGUGGUUCCAAGUGCAAAGAUCAGCAGCAGCCAGCAGCAACCUCCACAACCCCCCGAGCCUCCACCUGUUGUUGGCGCUGUUGGUGGGAUCAAAUAUGAAGAAAUUGACUGCUUCAUCAACGAUGAGUCCACUAUCAAAGGCAGGCGAGAGGGAGGGGAGAUCUACCUGCCCUUCAGUUGGGUGGAAAAAUACUUUGAAGUGUACGGCAAGGUGGUGCAAUAUGAUGGCUAUGAUCGCUUCGAGUUUCAGCACAGCUACUCCAAGGUCUACGCCCAGCGUGAGCCCUACCACCCCGAAGGAGUCUUCAUGUCCUUUGAGGGAUACAAUGUGGAGGUCCGCGAUCGUGUCAAAUGCAUCAGUGGAGUUGAGGGCGUGCCACUCUCCACCCAAUGGGGCCCUCAGGGUUACUUCUAUGCCAUCCAGAUCGCCCAAUACGGUUUGAGUCACUACAGCAAAAACCUGACUGAGCGCGCUCCCCACGUCGAGGUCUACGAUACGGCCGAGGAGAAGGACAGCAGGGUCAGCACCGCGUCCUGGAGCGUGCCCAAAGGUUGCAGCCUGAGUCGUGUCCAUGACAAGACCAGAUCUACCUCCGUGCGUUCGUUCAGCGCUCCAGACUCCUCAGAGGGCGUUUCCCUGCAGCUGGGCAACUCGAAAGACUUCAUCCUCAGCUUGGACUUAAAGUUUGCCUCCAACGGCAGUGUGUCGGUGGUCCUGGAAACCACAGAAAAGGGGCCUCCCUUCACCAUCCAUUACGUUACCAGCACGCAGCUCAUCGCCUUCAAAGAGCGUGACGUCACCUACGGCAUCGGGCCUCGAUCCUCCUGGAGCACGCUGACCAGAGACCUGCUGACCGACCUCAGGAAGGGAGUCGGGUUGUCGAACACGAAGGCUGUCAAAGCCACAAAGAUCAUGCCCAGGCGGGUGGUGCGGCUAGUCCUGCACGGACGCGGCUUUGUUGACAACAUCACCAUCUCCACCACUGCCCACAUGGCCGCCUUCUUCGCCGCCAGCGACUGGCUGGUGCGCAACCAGGACGAGCGAGGGGGGUGGCCCAUCAUGGUCACCCGAAAACUGGGCGAGGGCUUCCGGCCCCUGGAGCCCGGCUGGUACUCGGCCAUGGCCCAGGGCCAGGCCAUGUCCACCCUGGUGAGAGCCUACCUCCUCACCAAGACCCAGGCUUACCUCAACGCUGCCCUCAAGGCGGUGGGACCGUACAAGGUGCCUUCAGCGCAGCACGGGGUCAAAGCGGUGUUCAUGAACAAGUACGACUGGUACGAGGAGUACCCCACCACGCCCAGCUCGUUUGUGCUCAACGGCUUCAUUUACUCUCUGCUGGGACUUUACGACGUUGCUGACACGGCAGGAGAGAUCCUGGGCAGAGAGGCGGGGCAGCUGUUCAGCCGUGGCAUGGAGUCCCUCAAGGCCAUGCUGCCCCUCUUCGACACGGGGUCCGGGAGCAUCUACGACCUGCGUCACUUCAUGCUGGGCACGGCGCCCAACCUGGCCCGAUGGGACUAUCACACCACGCACAUUAACCAGCUGCAGCUGCUGGCAUCCAUAGACAACGCUCCCAUCUUCAGGGAUGUGGUGAAGCGCUGGAAAAACUACUUAAAAGGGAUUCGUGCAAAGCACAACUAGUCGAACUCAGCAGAUUUUACAGCUGAGUUUAGAAGAGAAUCAAUGUUUAGGCUGUAAGAGCAAAGCAGAAGAUUUUAUAGAGAGACGUGUGUGUGCGUGCGUGCGUGUGUGUGUGUGAGUCACUUCUGGUUAACGGCCUGAAAGAUGAGUUGCGAUACUUUAACUUUGUGUGCACUGUUGCGGGUUUGACAUUUUCUGCUACGUUGACUGUAGCUCAAACUUUGUGUCCCUGGAGCUAGUGUUUGUAAUUCUACACAGACCUAGCUUCAGCGUGUGAGUGUUUGCAUUCAUAAAGAACGACUGCGUGUUUUGUAAAAAAAAAAAAAAAAAAAAUCAAUGUAGAAAAAAAAAAUACACAUUGGAACAUUUUUGACUUUCUUUAAUGCAUCAAGAUUUCUCUUAUACGUUUUCUACUUUAAAUUAGAUUUCAGAGGUUUACUCAAGUAAGCUGUGAAAUUCAGAGUGCGUUUCAAAUGUUGCCAAGAGAAGUUAAUGCUAUCAAAAGAUAAUUUAAUAGUUUAUAUUUCUCCUGAGCGUGCUCAUUGAUAGUUUUAGUCACAUUUCAUAGAUAUAAUAAUGACGGUGAAGGAUUAUCUCAGUUUUUUUUCUCCCUUCUCAUUUUUUCAUGGGUUAGUUUGUCUAAAAAUAUACAAUAGAUGUCUAACAAGCUGUUUGAAGUCAGCUCUGAAGGAUAAGCAAUGGAGGUAGCAGAAGUGUAUCCGAGAUAAACCCGUCAAGCUUUAAUCUUUAACGGUUGUGAACGCUGUUGCUACCAACACCCUCCUCUUGGCUGCUUUGCUGUGUUUUUUUUUUUUUUUAUAGGACACUAAAACAGCAAACCAGGCCGCAGGCAAAAGAAAAA